AUGGACCUACCGCUCCAGCCGAUCAGCAUGGAUGAUGACUGGGACCUCGACUUACCAGAACGCGACUUGGAGCUGGUACGACACUUACAUGCCAAGUAUGCCGACGACCGAGAAGCUCUUAUCACGAACUUGAGCGAUGAGCUUCAAAAGUUCUUCGACGAUUAUAAUGAUGUCAAGUACAAGCUUGCAAAUGAGGAGACCACCCGGCUUAAUUUGUACCAAGCCUUUGUUGCGCAGUCAGAAACUCUGGAAAAGAAGCUCGAGGCCCUAGAAAAGGCUCACAAAGCCCUAGGCGUAGAUCCUGUAAGUCAUCCUGAACCAUCUUUGCCCGCCCCCCAGAUUAGAUCUCGUGUUACCAAAGGAACCUCUACGUUAUUUGAGCAGUUCUAUGUUCUCAAUGAAUUACGAGAGCGAAUACUAAUGCGUUACAGGCGAAAGCAGAAGAAGAUCCCGAUCAUAAGCUGCCACGCCUUGCUAUCCAGCUCGGCACGGCGGCUUUGUAUAAGGAUCAGGGCACCGAUGCCGAAGAGCUCUAUCUCUGUGACCAAAGCGGACAGGUUGGAGCUCUUCCCCCAUCAUCUUCGCAACUCGUUGUUUCUCAGACCACCGUAUCCGGCUGCACCGGGAGUACUCUGCAUGCCUGCAGUUCACUGCUGAGCAACAAAUGUACUUGAGUCAACUUUGGGCGGCAAGAGAGGCGGAGGUUUUACAAAACACUAAAAGGAAUUGUCAAGAAGACCUCGUAGCAUCUUUUGUUGGGUCGGCACAAUUCUUGGACCUCAAUGCCCACCAGAAGAUGUAUCUAAGCUCCCUCUGGAAAGUCAGAGAGGAAGAAGUCAGACAAGAUGGCCUCAGAUUUUUUCAAAAAGUCGAACAAGACAAGCGCAGAAUCUGUGAAGAAGCCAGACAAGAUUCCUUCAGAAGAUGUCAAGAGGAGGCACGACCGUUGGUGCAGCAAGCAUAUGAGUUGUCACAGGAAUUGACACUCGCUAAUGCGAGUUUGUCACAAUUCAACAUGGACCUCCAAGUAGCACGAGGAGAGAAGCAGCAAGCCGUAAGUUCAACACUUAUUUCUACACUAAUCCAUUCACAAUCGCUUGCUAGUCGCUUGGGUGGCACGUAUCAGGGAGAUGAAUAGGAGAGCAUGGACACGUGAUCUCUGGUUUUCCUAGCUCUUUCAGAAACGCUCCUUUCACUUGAAAUGGAUUUGAAAUACAGAAUCUGUCUAUUUCUAUCAUUAUCUCUUUGGCUAGCACUCUACUGAUUCUCUCUAGUGCACUAAAUUUGAAGAAGAGAAAGCAAAGUUGAAGACACUGAACGAAAAACUUCUUUCCGAUUGCCGAUAUGCUACGAGCCAAUACGAAAAACUCAAAAGACCAUCCGGGUAGAGGCAAUAGAGAAGAAGGAUUACGAAAGCUGCGUUGAGGAGAACAAGUACUUGCGGAUGGAAUUGGAUAGCUAUCGAGGAAGCGCGACAGCCCACUUUGCACAAAUCGAGAAGUCGGAGGAUGAUAGAGACAAGGCUCUGGAAGACUGGCAGAACACAAAAGAUUCGGUUGAAGAUUACAAAACCCAGAUUGAGGGGCUACUUAACAACAACCAAAACUUAGCUGCCACAGUCGCCACCGUGAAGACCGAGCAGGUCGAAGCCGAUAAGGCUUACAAGGAACAAGAGGGCAAAUUUCUUGCAUUACAACGAACUCUCAGCAAGCACAUUGGACGUGUUGAAAAAGAUCUUGCAAAUUCGGAGUCAAGCAAUAAGUCGCUGGAUGAGAAGGUCGAGUCCCUCGAGGCAGCCAAUUCCACGCUGCAACAAAACUUCGACAACGAUGCAGCUUGUUACGACCGUAGCAUCAAGGAGUUUUGGGGUAGAUGCGAGAAAUUGGAGAAGCACAACGCUUUCCUCGUGAGAAACCAACAGAAGCCACUCGAGAAGUGCGAUGAAGAGCUCAAAGAGCUGUUCAGACAAAAGGGUGCUAUGGAUGACGACUAUGCCCAGCGGAUGGAGGAUAACGCUGAGUCCUUGUUGAAGGAUUUCCCCACCUGUGAUCAACCUGUAUGUCACUUGAGAUUCAAGGAGAUCAACGGCAAAGUCAGAUAUCUUGAGGGGCACGUCAAUCAAGCCGACAAGAUGUAUAUUUCCAUCAUUAAGAGAUCCAAGAACCUAUUGGGUCUCCAAAUGGACGAAACCAAGAAGGCAAAGCAGGAGUGGGUAUCUGGUACUAAGCGCAAGCUGCUCCACUCUGUGAUGUUCUUCGUGGCGAUACUCUUUACCUUCUUCCUGGCUCUUUGCGCUCUCAGUUCCUCUUUUUCUAGCGGCAUUUCGGAGGAAGCCUGCGCUAUAUCGUUUGAGACUAGCACAGACUUGAGUGGUCACAACUCUUCCAUAUUUCUGCCAUCCAUCACGUCUACAAUUGCAGCAGAGAUGCAGGGAGUUGCCGGACAUGGUUUUGGAGCUUUGAGUCACCUGGGAGUUAUCGAUGAUUUAGUUUCCAGAAUCAAGGAGGCUGUGGAGGCUGAGGAGGCCGCGGCUGAUGAGGGCGAAAUGUCUUCUCAGGAGGCAAAGGGGGAACGUACCUCGGUUGCUGUCGGCAAAUUCGUUUUUAUCGUUGCUGUUGUGUGUGUGACCGCUUGGCUGGUCACUUCCUAG